GUUGCUCAUCGUUCCCAGCAACGACGAGCAAUCUACUCCACGAUGUUGCUCAACCCCAUUGUCCCUCUCGCUCUCCUCCUCGUGGCCCCCUAUACCCCAGAGGUUUCCGAGUCCUGCCUGUCUCAGUACUACUACGGAACGCACGGUCAGCAGAAUGUCUUCAUCACUGGCGACGACGACUGUCUUGCAGAGGCCACGCUGCACUUGACCUCCGGUGCUGCGGUCCAGCUCACCGAGGACGUUCAGCAGCUCGUUUGGCUGCAGCACCAGGCCGUCGACCACUCGAUCAAGCCCGCGACCUUCCGGGACGAGUUCGACGUGUUCUUCUCCCGCCUCUCCGUCCCGCCCGCAGAGGUCAGCGACAGUGAGCAGACGGUCUUGAGCAACCAGAACGCGGCGAAGCUCCUCUACCGCACUGAGAGCUCUGCGCUCAUCUCCGUCGACCCCGCGACCGCGCUCACGCUCGACCUCCACCUGCCCCGCUUCUGGAAAGCCUCGCCUCUGCCCUCCUCCCCGGUGCCGUUCAUCCCGGUGCCGUCGGAGGCCGUCGAGCGCGUAAAGAAGAUCCUGCAUGGACUCAAGUUCGACCCCGUCGUCGCGUCGAUCGUAAGCAACAUUUCCGUGCCGCAGCUUCGAGCGGACGUGCGCUACCUCUCGGGCGAGAGCCCCCAGUCCGAAAUCGUGUCGCGGCACUCGUUCUCGAAGGGCGUCCUGAUCGCUGCAGACUGGUUGAAGGCGAACUUUGAGGCGCACGGCGCGAGCUGCACGCUCAAACCAUUCUUGAGCGGCUUUGCGCCGAACGUUGUCUGCUUGUACGAGGGCUCGGAGAACACGACUGAGACGGUCCUCAUCAGCGCGCACUAUGACAGCCGUGGGUCCUUCGGGAGCGUACGGGCCCCCGGCGGCGACGACGACGGCUCGGGCACGACCGCGCUCCUCGGUAUCGCACGUGUCAUUGCGCGCAAGGGCCUCAAGUUCCGGAAGAACGUCCAGCUCGUCGCGUUCGCCGGGGAGGAGCAGGGCCUGUACGGCUCGCGCUACUACGCGCGCGAGCUGUACGAGAAGGGCGCGAACCUCACGCUCAUGGUGCAGGCGGACAUGCUUGGCUACCACGCUGCUGGAGAGCCGCCUCAGUUGGGGCUUCCUGACGUCAUUGGGACGCGUGAGGUUACCCAGCUCGUGGCCAACCUUUCCGCCAUCUACAGCCCCGAGCUCAAGGUCGGCUUCACACCUGCAUGUUGCAGUGACCACCAGAGCUUCCACACGAACGGCUUCCCUGCCACCCAGGUCUUCGAACGUGCAGGUCCCAUUGUAGACCCUAUGUACCACAACAGCGGCGACUUGAGCGACCGCGAGGGCUACGACUUCGAGCAGAUCAAGUCGAUCGCAAAGGUCCAGUUUGCGACGCUCUUGCACACGGCUGGCUUCGAUCUUCCAGAGCACUACUGAGGACCGAUGCGCGCUCAGUUAGAGGCAUGUCGUUGUACUAUUAGAUCCAUCGCGUUCAUCUAGUGGAGCAAUCUAGGAGUCGUGUCCACGCCUGCUUGCUGUUGGCGUUGCCUAUCGAGGACAAGCUUCGGUACAGUCUUCAUCAUCUCUCGCUGUUGGGUCUACAUAUUCGUACGAG